AUGUUACUGCAAGAAACGAAUGAUGCAGUCGUCUGCAAAAAAUGCAAACCGGCUCAACGAAGAACUACUGUUAUUAAUAUUCAACCAGCAGGGACCACAGUCACUAGUGUAAACGCAACGCAUACAGCUAAUUAUGGUCAACCCGGAUUUGUACAGCCCACUCAGGUUCAAUAUGGACAAGUCGUAUAUGGGGUACCACCGGGGUAUCCACCACAAUCAGGGUAUGGACCACCACAAGGAUUUGGGCCACCACAAGGAUUUGGACAACCACAAGGCUAUGGGCAACCACAAGGAUAUGGGCAACCACAACAUGAAUUUAGUCAACAGCUGGGACCUUCUGGAGAAGAUGGCAACGCACCUCCACUACCUGCAAAAUAUUAA